CAGGAGUAGCUCUCAAUCCUACAGCAGUAUUUAACACCAAUCUCUAAGCAUACAACGAUACCUAAAGGUAAUAGUCUGUAUACUAUAGACUGUUAGCGGUUUCUAGAUACAUUUGUGGAGUAACGUACGCUAGAAGGUGGAUGCUAAAACACCAUACUAGUAUAACGCGUGACGGUUUUGCCGGCUAGGCAACCACGAGCUAUGCUCGAGCUCUAUUUAGCGAAUAGGGAGAACGUCUAUUACUCUGAUUUGCAUAACACCUUUAAUGUUCUUCGGCCACGCUAUUCCUGCCCUUCCUAACCCUACCAUAUUCCCUAAUAUUACCAUAUUCCAUCAUCCCCAGCACUCUCAGAAUGAACCGUCCUGAGGAUCAGGACGGCUCUAAGCCUCUUACCGAGCAAGAUGUUCGUUUGCUUCGCCGAUACGGAAAGCUCCCAGCAAGGGAGGAUCUGCUUGAUCACCAACUUGAGUUUCCAUUAAGCUUCACUUUCGAGCCAAUCUACGACCCCAUUUAUACAGGCGUCUCUUCGCUGUCGCAGCACCCGUGGACACCCUCCCUCCGCAGCGACGACCCGCAGCAGUUUCAGGCACCAAGUUCCCUAGAGCCGUCUCCGCGCCUGAGCCCGAAGCGCGAGUCCACCGGUGACGGCCCCGAACUUGACGAGGAACCAAUGCCGAAGCGCCCGCAGCGCAAGCGCGGUCAGCCGCGACUUGACCGCAGCAACUUAGGUACCUCAACUUCAUCAAAGUGCCACCGCACAAGCUGCCUACCACAUAGCCAGGUGGAGCGCAAGUACCGCGAAGGCAUCAACGCUGAACUUGAGAGGCUCAGGCGCUCAGUUCCGACCCUGCCUCAGAGGGACGAGUGUGGAGUCCUGGGCCAGUCCAAGCCUAGUAAAGCAAUGGUCAUCGCCAGUGCGAUUGACUAUAUUAAGAAUGUCACGCGGGAGCGAGAUAUGUACCACGUGGAGAACGAGCGAUUAAGAAAUUUUGACAAGCAGGACUAGGGCAAGUGGAGAGCAUAUUCGGUAAUGAAUUUCCUUAUGGACCUUUGAACAUAUCGAAUUUUUUAUUUCCUUAACUUGGAUAUAUGAACAAAAUUGUGGAAUGAGUUGUAUUCCUUAGGCGAUGCCCGAUAUGAUACGCCGGCAUUUCUUUACAUUCUACGUUGUGAACGGAAAGUGCUGUCUAGCAGCUGAAUAAAUCAUCAUCAUUGU